AUGAAUAAUUUGGCCAACAUUGAAUUGAGUGUUGGUUAUACAAAUCAUCCACCGUUUGUUGGUCUCGAUGAAUACGGUAUUCAUAUGGCAAAAGGUGCUGAUUUUUUUCAUAUAAAUGAAUUAAGUCGACAAUUAAAUUUUACCUGUCGUAUGAUAUAUUUGACAGAAAAUUGGCAUAAACAUUUAGCUCAAAAUCAAAAUCUAGUUGAUAUUAUAAUCGGUGGUUUUCAUCUGAAUUAUGAACGUUUUCAAUUAUAUGAUUAUGUUUAUCCAUAUUUUAUUGAUCAAACAUCAAUUAUGACACAAAUAUCAACGAAAUCAAAAUAUAAUGCCGAUCAAUUACUUAAUCAAUUUGAUAAUUCAAUUUGGUUGGCUAUUAUAAUUUGUUUAAUUUGUUUACCCAUAUUUGCUAUAAUCAUAUCAUAUUUGAAUCCAAAUCCAAAUAAUGAUUCAAAACAACGUUCAAUUCUUGAUUCAUGUUCCAUUUGGUUUUAUAUUCUAUUUCGACAAAAUGUAUUGAAUCGAUUGAAACAGGAACAAUCACGUUCAUUAACCAUUGUUUCAAUUAUAUGGAUAUUUGUUACAUUUUUAUUAACAACAUUUUAUGCUGAUUAUCUAUUAUCAAUGAUUAGUAUACCACGUGUUCGUCAUAUUAAUUCAUUACGACGAUUAUCACAACAUUGUCGACAAAAUAAUAUGAUUGUUUUGAUCGAAAAUAAUACUAGUGCAAUGAAAAUUGUAAAGACGAUGGCCAACGAUACAUUAUUUGCACCAAUUGUUGCUCAUCUAAAAAUUGUUAAUCAUCAAAACGAAGCUAUUGAUUUUUCGGGAAUUUAUCAAACAUGGUUAACAAAUGAAUAUCGUUAUGCUAAAAUUGAUUCUUCUUUAUCGGAAAAAUUUUCAACAAAUAAUUAUUAUGAUGAUAAUCAACUAUCAACUUCUGAUGAUGAUGAUGAAGAUGGCAGCAGUAGUAAUAUUAAUAAAUUUUUAUGGUUUUCAUAUACCACCACUAGACAAUAA